UUCCCUGGGUCUGUGGAGAGACGCUUGAGCUAGAAAGUCCUGUAGCUUGAAAACAACACAAAAUAAGCUGCAGUUAUUGCUUCAUUUCUGGACUCCUGGCAUUGAACCCCUUUCGAGAUGGCGUCCUUAAACCCUCUGCGAGCCCAGAACAGAAGUCAGCAGGAUCAGACAGGGAUCUUGAAGAGUCAGGAUUUGAAGACUAAAGCGAGUGCUUCCUCCUUUAAAAGAGGAUCUGAGAAUCUGGAUCCCAGUGCUUCUGCUGAAGCUGGAAAGGUAGUCAGUAAACUGAAAGGUGUCAGCAGACUUCCUGUCCUCGCGAAAUCUCUGCAUCCGGCUCUAAGUGAACUUUCUCAAAAUCCCAAUGACAACAAAUGGGAACAGAGGCCUCUUGCGGGUAAAGCUCAGAAAAAAAAGACCUGCACCAAACCUGUGCCUUUCAAUUUGUCCCAGUCACGGACACGCAUUCAGAAGAGCACAGACCUUUCCCAAGGAAAACCACCCCUGAUGCCUUCAGCUCGACUCACAACUGUGGAAAAAUUGAGGGACGUAAAUGCAGGUGCCAAAACUGAUACUCAGAGCCAUAAAGCUACGACACCGGGUGUCAUCAGAACUCAGGCAAACCAGUCGCCACGACUGCAGUCUUUCAAUAAUGCACAAUAUAAAGGCUCCACUGAUGGUCACGGAUGCUACAAUCACACUGAUUUAAGUUCACGCUUAGAUUGCAUCCAUCUUGCACAAUCAAAGCAUCCUGAACACUCAAGCCAUUUAUCUAAGACGUCACUCAGUAAAGUAGAUGUUAAUUCCGAAAAUCAAGCACCAAAGGAUAAGCACUGUUUUCAAACGGUCCCGUCAACCGUACAAAGCCAUGUAAGCUGUAAAGGGUCUUCGCAGAAACUCUCAUCAGCUGUGCACAAUGUCUUCUCUCGUGAGGGGUUGAGUGCUGUUGGAGCUCAAUGCAUGAUGCCACGUUUAUCUACCUGCCCUUCUGGACCAGGAACCUCCAAUAAUUUGCCUCAAAGAGUUUUGAAGAAGACCCAUCAUGGCAUUGAUGCCACUGCAGACAAAGCUGGGCUGUUUUCCCCUGACCCAUCAGCACUGCGUAGUAUUCUACAGAGUGAUGGAACUAGACUGGCGGAGCACACUGGAGCAUCACCCAGAGUAUCUACUUGUCCCACUGGCAGAGGGACCUCCAUUUAUUCUGCUCAAAGAGUGCCGGUAAGGAAGCCUCAAACAGAAGUUUCAACAGCUGUAAAAGCUCCUGCAGGUAGUGCCGUGUCCUUCUCCCCUGACCCCGCAGCCCUGCGCAGUAUCCUGCUGAAUGAAGGUGUGAGGGCUGGAGGAGCAACACCCAGCAGAGUCUCAGUCUGUCCCACCGGCAGAGGAACUUCCAUUUAUUCUGUAAUUCUGAUCAGAGGGAUUCAAAUUCCAGUCUUGUGCUACAAUAAAGGGGCUCUAAAUCAUGUCACUUUUUAUCUCUCUCAGGCCCAGAGAGUCCCGGUCAAGAAAAAUAGACAAGAAGUCAUGGUGACGGCAGCAGUAUCAUCUCAGUGUGCUAAUCGAACACCAGUGAUGAAAUGGACACCGCAGCGAGUCACAAACACCAAACCACAGUCAAUGAGGAAGCCCUGCACCACCCAAAAGAUGUCCAGUUUAAGGGACUCUCCAGGUUUGCUUGGAUCUCACGACCCCAGCCCUGGUAUAUUGAUUUGCCAAGAGGGGGAAAAUGUUGUGCAAAGGUUAUUUGAAGACAAAGAGCAGAUGGAUGAUGACCAGACAGACCAAAAUGGCAUUACUUCCCAACAGUUGCUGAACAGUCACCAAUCUGUUGAAACUCAGUCAACAGUUAGAGAAAAUUCAGACUCAGUUCUUCACACUAAGAACGAAAGCAAGAAAACAGCUCAGCCAUUCAUACAAGCAGCACACAGAGGGUCCGUCAUUGUCUUCUCAUCAAGCCAAAGACUUGUAUCAGAACAGUCUCAAGAUACACUAAAGACCCUAGCUGCCAAUUUACAACUCUGUGAAGAUCGGCCUACAUCUCAUAAUGCAGCCCAAAGCAAUGGAUCACAGAUCAAUCCCAGCAUAGACAUGACUAAACAAAGCCAAUCGAAAGCAGCUAUAAUACAGUCUAGUGCUGUAUCUGCUCUGCGGAGGCGUCAAACUCCUCUGGAAGAGAUGUUUUUAGAUGAGGAAUGUGCUACCUACACCUCUCGCCUGCUGUCCUGCCCGCUGCAGCCCCGCUCUGGAAACCCGGUGGCCUCCACACUACUGUUUCAAGACUCUACUUGUUUUUUACCCAUUGGCCUGUCCUCUCCUGUACGUCUGAGCCCGGUCCUGUCCUUUGGUUCUAUCAGAGCAUAAAGCCAGAUGUCCCACAACACAUUGCACAAUGAGUGGUGCCACAAUGGCAUCUGAAUAAAUUUUCUAAGAGGUUUUAUAUUGGGGUUUUUAACUGAUUAGUAAAAUAAGCUCUGUGGUUAACAUCAUUAGAUGUUUUAUAAUAUAAACUACAAACACUCUCAACCAAAGCAUUCUUGUUUAAUUUACUUACUAGAAACAUACUUUUACGAAAUAUGCAUCUUGUUUUGUGUGUUUAAUUUGUGUUUUAGAGCAAAAUGUUGUAUUGCAAAGUAUAUUUACCACAGAUAUUUUACGAAUAAAUUGUUAAAACCUCAUAGGAAAAUCUCAAUAAAACCCAAACAAGUUAUUAUUUUGGUUUCUGACGUCAUUUCUGCUUCCACCUCUCUAUUUCUUUAGUCAGUCAGUCUUUGUUUAGCCAUGCAAGACUGUUUGAAACCGUAUUGCUGCUUGCACUUUUGAUAAGAAAUGUUGUACAGUUAGAUAAACAAUCUGUUGUCAUUUACAAGCAAGGCUUGGAUGGAUAAAAUAUUCACUGUUGAGAAGACGACAGAAUGCAAAUCUGUACAUAGAACACUUGUUAUUUUUACACUGAACUUGUCGCUGACAGGAAACACUGUGUGCUUGUCUAUUGUGUAAAGUCUGUAAUAAAUCUAUAUAUAAGCACAUA